AGAUAAAUCUUUAAAAUGACAGCUUUGAAACUUUUUGUCCUUACAGUGAUGGAGUGGGGGGAAGAUAUUAAAACAAUUUCAGAAGAUGAAGCAGUCAUGUUGGUGAACCAUCAGGCAACAGGAGAUGUGUGCACUCUGAUGAUGUGCCUCCAGGACAAAGGACUGGUUGUUGCUCAGAUGAUGUGGUUGAUGGAUCAUAUUUUUAAAUACACAAACUUUGGAAUUGUUUCUCUAAUUCAUGGAGACUUCUUUAUAAGACAGGGAAAAUCUCAUCGUGACCAACAGCUUCUUCUUCUUAAGAAGCACCUAGAAAAUAAUUACAGGAGCAGAGAUCGAAAAUGGAUUGUUCUAUUUCCAGAAGGGGGCUUCCUCAGGAAGAGGCGAGAAACCAGUCAGUCAUUUGCCAAGAAAAAUAACUUGCCAUUUCUUACACAUGUCACUUUGCCGAGAGUUGGGGCAACAAAAAUUAUUUUGCGUGCACUUGUAGCACGACAGGAAAAUGGGAGUCCAGCAGGAGGAGACACUAAGGAGUUAGACAACAAAUCAAAAGGCCUCCAGUGGAUAAUAGAUACAACCAUAGCUUAUCCCAAAGCUGAACCCAUAGAUAUUCAAACCUGGAUCCUUGGAUACAGGAAACCAGCAGUCACACAUGUACAUUACAGAAUCUUUCCAGUUAAAGAUGUUCCCCUGGAGACCGAUGACCUUUCUGACUGGCUCUAUCAGCGUUUUAUUGAAAAAGAGGACCUCUUAUCGCAUUUUUAUGAAACAGGGGCUUUUCCACCUCACAAGGGCCAUAACGAAGCUGUUUCCCGGGAGAUGACCCUCAGCAAUAUGUGGAUAUUUCUCAUACAGUCUUUUGCAUUUUUGUCAGGCUAUAUGUGGUACAACAUCUUUCAGUACUUUUACCAUUGCCUGUUUUAGGAAUUGACUUGGACUUGUCAUGGUCACCAUAGGAAUUUGGACUUUCAUGAGUGUGCAUUAUUUUACAUGUGCAAAUCAGAAUAUUAAAAAACAAGCAAAGGAGAUUCAA